AUGGAAGCGGGAAAUAUUGCCGAUGUUCUUAAAUCGCUUAUGGGAACUAUAGGAAAGCCAAUUGGAUCCAACGAAUAUCCAAAAUAUCAUAUGGAUUAUCAGAUUGCUAGCGAAAUGAACUUUUUAAAUAUUCAUUAUCCAGGAAUCUCACAAGAAAGAAUGAGAGCAUUUGAAAUAGGUAACAAAGCAGACAAUGCCUAUCUCUCAGGUAACACUAAAGAUGCUACAGAAAUGUGUUGGAAGGCAAUUUCACUUGAUGGAAACGCUUGGGAUGCUUAUAGAGUUCUUGUUCGUUCACUCGAAACAUACAUUGGCGAUGAUCAUCUUACAAUGAUCAUGGCUGGUCGUGAACUCGUACGUGUUGAACGUGAAAUUUUCAAAGACAUUUUAACAAUGGACAACAAAGAUUUUUACAAAUAUAGUAUGGGUAGACCAUACAUCAGAUUGCUUAGCAACAUAUCAUCAUUCUCGUUUGACGGAAAAUACAACGAUGUCCACGUAAAAGCUUAUGAAGAAAAUUUAAGAAUAAAUAGAUACGACAAUACCGAAGUACGCUCACCAUUACUCAUGGCUUACUUGAAUUGCGCCAUCGUUAACAAAUAUCACCUUAAAAAUUACGGAAUUUGGCCAGAAAGAACAGAAAAUCAUAUUAACGCCAUGUUCAAAACGCCGUUACUCCCAGAUAUGAGAGAAGGCUGUUGGGGAGAUAAUUACAAGAAUGAUACCCUUUAUACUUGGUAUCAAAUUAUUUUUAAGUAUAUGAACAAAGAUCCUUCAUGGGUAAACUUGGUCAAACGCGAAGACAAGCAAAAUCCAAAGCUCCUGAAGGCCCUUUUAAGCGAAGAAGAGUUCGAAGGCGAUAUAAUUGACCCAAUGAACAAAAAUCCAAAGCUCCUGAAGGCCCUUUUAAGCGAAGAAGAGUUCGAAGCCGUCCAAGUUGAAAAUACAUUACUUUCACCUGUUAUUUACCGUGUACCAAACUUUAUGGGCGAUUUAUUCAAAGCUGUCCGAAAUAAACCAAUUUAUAACAGAGCUCAAAAAGAUAUAGCAGCAUUACUCUACGGUAUGGAAGAAAUACAGCCAAACUGGAAGGCUAAAGCAGAAAAAGCCCUCAAUGAAGCAAGAGAAUUGAUGAGAAAUCGUCAAUUCAUGAAAGCCAUUGAAAAACUUUCAGAUGCAAAGAAAUACUAUAAUAGAAGUAUUUAUCCUUCAAUGCAUAUUGAAAAUUCCGGAAUUCCCUUCGCCAUCUUUUCAAAUCGUGCACAAUCUGCUUUCCAAGUUGGCAGAUUUGAUCUCGCAAGGUUUGAUGCUAGAAUGGCACUUUAUUUGAACCCGAAGAUCCCUCACAUCUACAAGAUUCUUCCUUUAAUUGCCGAAAAAUACUAUUGUCCGAAAUCCAAAGAAUUUCUUGCCCAAAUCGCAAACGAGGCCACUCAAGAGCACAUAGACGAAGAGUGGAAGGAACUCUCAAUGAAGGCAAUAGGAAGACUCGGAAUGAAAGCAUUAAUUGGAGAAAGAGUUGGAUUUUCUGCAAAAUUAAUCGAAGCUGAAACAAAAAGAGGCUUCGAAGACAUGUUUGAACCAAUUUCAUUCAAACCAAAGGAAUUCGAACUUCUUCCUUGGCUUACUGAGAAUGAUAUUGAACAAGGUGUAAUUUAA